AUGUUUUGGAGAAUCACUCUUCCAGUCCUACUGGCUGGGGUACUCUGCGUAGCCACAGAUACAAGGAAGCCCCGCCCCCAAGGCUCCAUCCCCUCACCUUUCAAGACCAAAGGCAACCUGUCAGAUCGUCAGCGCCUGUUGCCGCGGAAACCCGAAGUCCUUUCGUCAAGUCGGGAGGCCCUGGUGGUCACCGAGCGCCGGUACCUCCGACGUGACUGGUGCAAGACGCAACCCCUCCGCCAGACGGUGAGCGAGGAGGGCUGCCGAAGUCGUACGGUGGUCAACCGCUUCUGCUACGGCCAGUGUAAUUCCUUCUACAUCCCCCACCUCAUGGGCCCCAGCUCAAAUCGAGGCCCAGGGUCCAGCCGGAAAAACCACAACAAGGUCCAGGAGCCCUUCCAGUCCUGUUCCUUCUGCAGGCCACACCGUUUUACCCAGCUCACUGUUCAGCUGGAAUGUCCGGGCCUGCAACCUACCUUUCGCCAUCGCAAGGUACAGCGUGUCAAACAGUGUCGCUGUAUGUCGGUGGACGUGACUGGUAACGGGAAACUGUGA